AUGGCAUCGGAAAUACCGAUGGACGCUAACGAAGCGCUUAACGACUUCUAUCGUGACUACCCACACAUCAUCUUCAUUAGAUUACAAUGGCAGGACUACUCGGGAGUAAUGCGUGCACUUGUUUUACCGAUAGAGGAAGCAUUCAUCAUAUUAGAGACGGAGAAGCAGCCAUUCCAUGUGCCUCCCCUCCUGUCUAACUGUUCCAUCACAAACCAAUAUCUCCCAGACGCAAGCGCCCGUCAUAUUCAAUGGCUGGUCCCAGACUGGUCUUCUAUCCGGCUAACAGCUGACCCCCAAAGCGCAAUGGUAAUGUGCGGAGUAGUGGGGACGACAAUAUCCAAGCCAGUGCCGAACAGAGACCUGUGUCCCCGGCGUGCGCUAGUGGACGUCGUGCGACAGGCACAGGAAUCGUGGAACCUGGAAUUUCUCGUUGGAUUCGAGGUGGAGUUCCAGGUGAUGAAGGCCUCCUGCGCGACGGGGGAGUAUGUCAAGCACAGUCAAGGCCCAGGGAAUUUUUCUGUAUCCGGCCUGCGGGAUCCGUGCUACCGGUAUGUGCAGCAGUGCAUUCAACAACUAUUGGUCCUAGGGGUGCACAUCCAUGGACUACAUUCGGAAGGCAAACGAGGGCAGUAUGAAAUCGCUCUGAAACCCCUGCCGCCGUUGCAGGCUGUGGAUCAACUACACUUUGUGCACGAUUACCUCAAAGACACAUUUGCCAAGCACGGCUAUAUGGCCACCAUGGCACCGAAACCUCUAAUCUCAGAUCCACACACCAUUGGGCAACACAUGCACCUCUCGUUGGAGUCUGCCGAUGGCGACCAUGAAACGUCCUUCCUAGCCGGCAUUCUCAAGCGCCUACCUAUGAUCUGCGCCUUUAGUCUACCCCACACGCUCUCUUACGAACGACGACUCCCGUUCUUGGCUGGGGAGACGGUAUGCUGGGGAACUGAGGCGAGAAUAGCACCUAUCCGGAAGAUCGAGGCUAGUCACUGGGAGAUAAGAUGCAUCGACGCAACUGCCAACAUGUACCUCACCCUAGCUGCUGUACUCGGCGCUGGCAUACUCGGGUUGGCAGGCCAAGAGCCUCUCCUUUGGCCAGACUUGGGCGAUUCUACAAUUGAGUCCAAUACCAGGGAAGAGCCGCUGCCCAGAACUCUGCAGGAAUCUUUGGCGUGGUUGGCUACGAAGUCUGACGAUUUCGCUACCAUAUUCGGCCUACCCUUGAUACAACGUUACAUAGAGCUGAAGCAGUAUGAGAUAUCUCAAGCCGGAGGGAUGGAUCCUGUGAAGUUGAGAGAACUGUUUAUUGAGCUAUUCUAA